GCUUGGUAGGGGGGCCCACGAGACAGGCCAGAGAGGCACGAGGUUUCGAGGCGCGAGGCUGGAAUGGGGAGGGGCACACGGGAGGGGCGAGGCUUUAAGGGGCGCGAGGCUGGGUGGGGGGCACAUGAGAGGGGCCUGACAAGCACGAGGUUUCGAGGGGCGCGAGGCUGGGGUUGGGGGGGCACAGGGAGGGGCCUGAGGUUGGAGUGGGGGGGCACACAGGAGGGGUCUGAGAGGUGCGAGGCAGCUAGGGGCGCGAAGCUCGAAGGGGCAUCAGGGCCCGGCGGGGGAGGCGCACCCAGCCGUGUGUCGGUUCUGGGCGCCCUGGCAUUGCACAGAAGCCAGCUGGGCCCAGCUCGGGGGCCACGAGGCCUGGACCGUGGCCCGCUCCAGCAGCGCUGGGCGCUGUUGCCCAGGCCACCGGCUGGAGGAGCCAGAAAGGGAAGGGUUAAGCCCACAGAGCUCCCGCCGCGGUGCAGCCUAGAGCGGCGGCGGCUGUGGCGGCAGCGGCGGCUGGGCCGGGAGGAGCAGGAGAAAGGGGGGAGAGCUCCCUGGAAACCCAACUUGACCUCCAAGAUGGAGCGAGGGGAUGAAGCAUGUGUGCUGGACCUUCGGUGCUCUGAGGACAGGGAUAUCCCGCAAGGAGUUCAUUCAGGAGAUGGGAGUGAGAAUGAGGAAGAAGAAGAGGAGGAGGGGAAUGGCAGCCCACAGCAGCUCUUGGCCACAACUCCAUCCGGGGAUGGUGAAGAGGAAGAGGAGGAGGAACCUGAACUACAGCAGCCACGGCUGCUUCGUGAUGGGGAUGCUGGUCGUGGUCGAGGCCGGAAGCUGGCGCCCCCUACUCCCUUACCCCCUGCCCGCGGCUAUGAAAAGCUUAAGGAGCUGAUGGUAUUGCCCCCGAUGGCAGCGUCAGUAGCAGCUCCACCUAGUCCUGGCAGUGGGGAGCCCCAGAUGCCACCUCGGAAACGCCGGCGGCGGAGCCGGGACCGGCCCACAAUUUGUGGGGAAUGUGGGAAGGGCUUCAGCCGAAGCACCGACCUAGUCAGGCACCAGGUGACGCACACAGGUGAGCGGCCCCACCGCUGUGGGGAGUGUGGCAAGGGCUUCUCGCAGCACUCCAACCUGGUCACACACCAGCGUAUCCACACCGGGGAGAAGCCCUACGGCUGCGCGUACUGCGAAAAACGCUUCGGGGAGAGCUCGGCUCUGAUUCAGCACCAGCGCACGCACACAGGUGAGCGGCCCUACGCCUGUGCGGACUGCGGCAAGCGCUUCAGCGUCUCCUCCAACCUGCUUCGCCACCGGCGUACCCACUCAGGGGAGCGGCCCUAUACGUGCGCGGACUGCGGCGAGGGCUUCCGCCACAAAGCUCAGGCCCGGCGGCACCAACGCCAGCUCCACGGGGGAGGAGGUGGGAGCGGGUUGGGAUUAAUGGGGCCUUCUCUGCGGCCCGGAGAGCCUGGGGCAGAGCUGGUGGAUGAAGAGGAACUAGGGGACAUUGGGGAAGCGGGCGAGGGUAGCCCUGAUGAUCAAAGAAGCUGAAUAAACUUUGGGAGGCAGAUUUGGGAUGGGAAGGUUGGGGAGGGCAGGCUGGCCUGGGUGGGGAAGGAGAUCCCAAUGGGAGGGUGUGGUGGGGAGCAGGGAGUAGUGAUCAUUCUAGGCUGAGGAAUUAGGGAUCUGAAGCUAAAAAGGUAGUGGUCCUGGGACUGGAGGUUGGGGUUGAGUCUUCUCUCCCUGGGGUUGCCAAGGUAAGGGGAGUUGGGAAGGAUAGAGGAUAGAUGGAAGGAUAGAGGUGGGAAAAAUCAGAGAAACGGAUCCUUAGAGGAUAUUAGGAUCCUUUGGUUCGGGAUUCUUUUUCCGGUCUAGGGAGCAGUAAAGCACUUGGGGAAGACAGUAAGGACUUUGGGGACUAACCCUGCAGUGGCCCGUGUUGGUCUUCAAGAGGUAAGGUGUUUGGAAUGGGGACACUGGGGCAUAAAGACAAAAUGGGGGAGAGGAGGGGUAUCUAAUCUAAAAGGUUUUCCUUAAUAGAGGAGUGGAGUGAGAGAGAGAGGGAAUGUAAUUUAUUUCCUCUGAGUUGGUACAAAAUGUGGAACUCUGAAGUGAGCACUCUCCUUUCUAAGUGACUGCUUUAUUUUGGAGGGAAAGACAUAUUUAUAUUCCCCUUCUUUCUCUGAAAGUUCAAGUACAGGAACUACUUUGUCUCCCUGACACAAUCUUCUUGGAGUCCACCUUCUAAAGCAAAAGCUAUAAUGAGCAGUGGAAAGGGAUGGGAAAGGAAAGGUAGCUCUUGUGUUCGAGCUGCAUAGCUUUGGUCCUCUUCCUUCUUAGACUCCCCAGCAGUGGAUGGAAUUAAUUGACUUAAUAAACAUUUAUUAAGCAUUGGCAGUGUGCAAACCACUAAGUUUGAAAAGAGAUAGAAAAUAUAGGUAAGAUAUGGUCCUGCCCUUAUGGAUCUUAAAGUCUAGUAGAUAAUAUUGAUGGCUGAAGGGAAGCCAAGCUUGUGGGAGAGCAAGUCCAUAUUUUUCUCUGAAGUACAAUUCCACCUAUGGGACCGAUCUGUAAACCAAGAGCAAAAGGAACAGAAGGCCUCCCCAUUUCCUGUUCCCCUUCAUCCCAAUAAGUCCACCAGGUCCAAGGUUAGGCCCUGAAGUAUAGAACCUCUGUGUCCUUUCAUGGGCUGGGGGCUGAAGAUGAAUGAUUUAGUUUUCCCUUGGAGUGAAGGGAUCAGGCUCAUUGUUUGACCCGGUAGCAGGAAGGACUGAGUCUUUGGAAUGGGUGAGCAGGACAUGGGGACAGUGGAAAUGAUCCUUGACUUAAAAAAAAAAAAGAUGCAUUAAGAAUUUAGCAGAAGAAUUGUAAUGUGUCUGAGUGUUAGAACUUAGAGCUAGUGGCAUUUUGGAUAGGAGAGGCCACUGUGGUGGGUUUUACCCACCUCCUGCCCCCAAAUGCCCCUCUAGGUCUCUUCAUUAUCUGGUUCAACCCCUAUUCCUUCCUUUCCUGUUCCUCUGCUACUAACCCUCUUUGCACACAACUUGUAACAUUUAUACAAAAAUGUUAGGAAGUGAGAAAAUUUUUACAAAAAAAAUAAAAGUUUGAGUAAAUAGA